UCACUGUCUCCUGCUUCGUCGCUCACACGCCGCAGAAUUCUUUGCAAGUUCCUCACUCACUUUGUCGCGAGAACUUCAAUUUCCUUCUUCCGCGCAGAGAAGCCAUGGAAAUUAGGGUUUAAUCUUGAUCUUCUCUGAGAAACCCACCAAUGGCGGCUUCUUCUUCUUCUUCUUCUCUGUUGCUGCCGGACAUCAAUUUUCUCUCCCGGCAAUCUACGAUCGUUCGUCGUCGCGUCUCUCUCUCUGGAAUUCUGCUUUCUAGAAAUCGCUUGAGGUGUCGUAAUCUUCCACCUCUUACGAGGAUUAGGGCUUCCAAAGCGGACAGUGUCGCUGUUGAGGAUCGGGAAAAUGCGGUGAUCAAACAAGUUAACGGAAGCGUGGGUUUGAAUGGAAAUGGCGCUGCUUCUAGUCGGAGCGUUAAUGGAGAUUAUCGAUACGAAAGCUCGAUCGAGAAGUAUACAAACAAUAAUCUUAACGGUAACGGCAGUUCGGUGAAGUUUGUUAACGGCGGCGUCAGUACGGUGCCGAAGGUGGAGCCUGAGGAGGUCUUGGAGUCGAGAAAGGAGGAAGUGAGGAAGAAGAGGAUAGAGGAUAUUGGUAAAGAAGAUGCAUGGUUCAAGAAAAGCCAACAAGAACAAGUCGAGGUUUCUGUGGCGCCUGGUGGUCGCUGGAGCAGAUUCAAGACCUACUCAACGAUACAAAGGACAGUGGAAAUAUGGGGAUUUGUUCUAACUUUCAUCUUCAGGACCUGGCUAAGCAAUCAGAAAUUCUCCUACAAAGGGGGGAUGACUGAGGAGAAAAAGGUUCUGAGAAGGAAGACCCUGGCAAAGUGGUUGAAGGAGAACAUUUUAAGAUUGGGUCCUACAUUCAUCAAAAUUGGUCAACAAUUCUCUACUCGAGUGGACAUCCUUCCCCAAGAAUAUGUUGAUCAACUGUCAGAACUUCAGGAUCAAGUUCCUCCUUUCCCGUCUGAGACUGCUCUGUCUAUUGUGGAAGAAGAGCUUGGAGCACCUGUUGGCGAAAUCUUCGACAGUUUUGAUUAUGAACCUAUUGCUGCAGCUAGUCUUGGCCAAGUUCAUCGUGCAAGGUUAAAGGGUCAAGAAGUAGUUGUCAAGGUGCAGAGACCUGGUCUGAAGGAUCUCUUUGAUAUUGAUCUUAAAAAUCUAAGGGUGAUUGCAGAAUAUCUCCAAAAGGUUGACCCAAAAUCAGAUGGUGCAAAGAGAGACUGGGUUGCAAUAUAUGAUGAAUGUGCUAGCGUGUUGUAUCAGGAAAUUGAUUACACAAAGGAGGCAGCUAAUGCAGAACAGUUUGCUAGUAACUUUAAAAGCUUGGACUACGUGAAAGUUCCAGCCAUCUUCUGGGAUUAUACGACACCACAGAUCUUAACCAUGGAGUAUGUUCCUGGGAUAAAGAUAAACAAAAUACAAGCCCUGGACCAGUUGGGUGUUGAUCGGAAAAGGUUGGGGCGUUAUGCUGUUGAAUCUUACCUCGAACAAAUCUUGUCCCAUGGAUUCUUUCAUGCCGACCCUCAUCCCGGGAAUAUUGCUGUGGAUGAUGUCAAUGGUGGGAGGCUGAUAUUUUAUGACUUUGGAAUGAUGGGAAGUAUCAGUCCCAACAUCAGAGAAGGUUUAUUGGAGACAUUCUAUGGUGUUUAUGAGAAGGACCCAGAUAAGGUUCUCGAAGCUAUGGUUCAGAUGGGUGUGCUUGUACCUACCGGAGAUAUGACUGCUGUCAGGAGAACAGCUCAAUUCUUUCUCAACAGUUUUGAAGAGCGGCUUGUUGCACAGAGAAAGGAGAGGGAAAUGGCAACAGCAGAGCUCGGUUUUAAAAAGCCUCUGACCAAGGAAGAAAAGAUAGAGAAAAAGAAGCAACGGUUGGCUGCUAUUGGGGAGGACUUAUUGUCUAUUGCAGCUGAUCAACCUUUCCGUUUCCCGGCCACAUUCACGUUCGUUGUUAGAGCAUUUUCAGUGUUGGAUGGCAUCGGAAAGGGUCUUGAUCCUCGUUUCGAUAUAACAGAGAUCGCCAAACCCUAUGCUUUGGAGUUGCUAAGGUUCCGAGAAGCUGGAGUAGAAGUUGUACUGAAAGACCUGAGAAAGAGAUGGAACAGGCAAUCUCAGGCAUUUUACAACCUGUUUAGGCAGGCUGACAGAGUGGAAAAGCUAGCUGAAACCAUCCAACGACUGGAGCAAGGCGACCUGAAGCUUAGAGUCCGAACUCUAGAAGCAGAGAGGGCAUUCCAACGCGUGGGAGCUGUUCAGAAGACUGUAGGAAGUGCUGUAGCUGCCGGAAGUUUAAUCAAUCUUGCCACUAUUUUAUACCUCAAUUCUGUAAAAGUGCCGGCGACUAUAGCAUAUACGUUAUGCGCUUUCUUCAGCGUCCAAGUCCUUGUGGGAAUCAUAAAGGUGAAGAAGUUGGACCAACGUGAAAAGCUGAUUACCGGAACUGCUUAGCCUCCUCGAUUAUGAAUAAGAGCUCCCCC